AGUAACUACCAUAAACUGAACUUACUUCUACAAGGCCACCUCCUCACAGACAUGAAGCCCACACUCGUGCUGACAAACCUUGCCUCAGCCUCUCGGACGCAACGUUCAACGCUGACUGGAACCCCUAUUGUAUCCAACCUUCUGUGCCAAUACCACAAGAAUCGAGUCAUCUUCAAUGGACAUACAUCUUUGAGAACAUUUUAUACUCGCUCCCACCUUUGCAAUCAGCAGCCAAAAGACGAUGAGCUACCCAAGUUUAGCUUUGAGGGUUUGGGAAUGAGCAAGAACGUCAGGAUCUUUGUAAUUGCAGUCUUGAGCAUUUUCGGAACGAUUGAGACCUGGGUUUGGUGUAAGGGUAUUUAUCGCUGGUGGAAUGGCCCUUCAGAGGAAGAGAAAAAGAGGAUAGAGGCUUCUCAUAAAUAAACGAUGGAGAGCAGAGAGAUAUAAUUCAAAAUUUUGGACAGAGCUAUUGAAGUAGAACGGCA